GCUCUCCCCCUUCGGCGGUUCCGUAAUGCCGUCCCCCCUCAUCCCUCAAUGGUUUCCCCCCGAGGUGGGUACGGCGAGCGAGGAAGCCCCGAGCAGCGCGGAGCCCAAUGAGGGCGCGCGGGGGGCCGGGCGCCGCGCCUGCGCAGAGCGGCGAUGCUAAUGUUGUUGAUAUCCCGGCGCAGGGAGCGGGGCUCCUUUCUCUCAGGGAGAGGCUGAACUUCGCAGGCCGCCUCCUGUCCCGCCGGGCCCGGCCCCUCGCAGGGGGAGGCGGCGGGCGGAGGGGGCCGAGCCGAGGGGAGGGGGCAGAGAGAGCUGCCGGGCGUCUCCUGCCCGCGAGGGCCUGAUGGAAAACACAAAGGAGCUGGGAUCGCUUUGAGGAAGUGUGUCACGUAAUCCGCAGGGAAGCACAGCGGAGGUGUAUGCUUCCCUGGGUGGAAGUUGUUGUUGGUGCAUGGUUUGGCUCUUGUUCCUGAGCGUGGAGACCUGUGCGCGCACAAGGAUUGUAGGCUGAAAGUUCUUGAUAUCUUCUGCAAGCUCCUGCUGCACACCUUUGUUUCUCAGAGUCUCCCCUCUUCUCGUGUGAAACCCCCUGGGGAAGAGGCUAUGGACAAAACCAUUGGCAAACAGCAGAAACUGGCUUCAGACAAAAUGCUGUCAUACGUAGCAAAUGAAGAGACAGGAAAAAACAUUUCUGUAAUUUUCCAGCUGAGAUUUUACUUGUAAUAAGAGUGGAAGGCACAUUUCCAGAUAGAGACAGAACGUCUUUCACAAACAGGAAGAGACGCGAUUCAUUCGGGAUGUUUGACGGUUAUGACAGUUGUAGUGAGGACACCAGCAGCAGCUCCAGUUCAGAUGAGAGUGAAGAAGAGGUUUCUCCUUUGCCAUCCAGUCUCCCAAUCAUAAAGAACAAUGGACAGGUCUAUACUUAUCCGGAUGGUAAAUCUGGCAUGGCUACGUGCGAGAUGUGUGGAAUGGUUGGUGUCCGUGACGCCUUUUACUCUAAAACAAAACGUUUCUGCAGUGUAUCAUGCUCUAGAAGCUAUUCCUCCAACUCCAAGAAGGCCAGCAUUCUGGCCAGACUUCAGGUAGCGGGCAAACCUCCAACAAAGAAGGCUAAAGUUCUACAGAAACAACCAUUGGUGGCUAAAUUAGCAGCAUAUGCUCAGUACCAAGCAACUUUACAAAACCAGGCAAAGACUAAAGCAGCAGCUGUCCCUGUGGAAGGCUUCAGCUGGGGUAGCUACAUCAACAGCAAUAGCUUUACUGCAGCUCCUGUCACUUGUUUUAAACACGCACCUAUGGGGACGUGCUGGGGUGAUAUCUCAGAAGGAGUGCGAGUGGAGGUUCCAAACACAGACUGCAGCCUACCGACCAAAGUCUUCUGGAUAGCUGGAAUUAUAAAAUUAGCAGGCUACAACGCUCUGCUAAGAUACGAAGGCUUUGAAAAUGAUUCAAACCUUGACUUCUGGUGCAAUGUUUGUGGGUCUGAUAUCCACCCAGUUGGUUGGUGUGCAACCAGUGGGAAGCCUCUAGUCCCUCCUCGAACCAUCCAACACAAAUACACAAACUGGAAAGCUUUUCUAGUGAAACGACUUACUGGUGCCAAAACACUUCCUCCUGACUUCUCUCAGAAGGUGUCUGAGAGCAUGCAGUAUCCAUUCAAAACGUCCAUGAGGGUAGAAGUUGUUGAUAAAACUCACCUUUGUCGGACAAGGGUAGCGGUUGUAGAGAAUGUCAUUGGGGGCCGGUUAAGAUUGGUGUAUGAGGAGAGUGAAGACAAAACGGAUGAUUUCUGGUGCCAUAUGUACAGCCCACUCAUUCAUCACAUUGGUUGGUCUCGAAGUAUAGGACAUAGAUUCAAAAGAUCUGAUAUUACAAAGAAGCAGGAUGGACACUUUGAUGCACCCUCACAUUUAUUUAUGAAGGUGAAAGAGGUUGACACAGCUGGAGAGUGGUUUAAAGAAGGAAUGAAACUGGAAGCUAUAGACCCCUUAAACCUUUCAGCAAUAUGUGUGGCAACUAUUAGGAAGGUUUUAGCAGAUGGCUAUCUUAUGAUUGGGAUUGAUGGCUCAGAAGCAGCAGAUGGGUCUGAUUGGUUUUGUUACCAUGCCACUUCCCCUUCUAUUUUCCCUGUUGGUUUCUGUGAAAUUAACAUGAUUGAACUAACUCCACCCAGAGGUUAUACAAAGCUCCCAUUCAAAUGGUUUGACUACCUCAGGGAAACUGACUCAAUAGCAGCACCUGUAAAGCUCUUCAACAAGGAAGUUCCAAACCAUGGGUUUCACGUUGGAAUGAAGCUGGAGGCCGUCGAUCUGAUGGAACCUCGCUUGGUCUGCGUGGCCACAGUAACUCGCAUCAUCCAUCGCCUGCUGAGGAUACACUUCGAUGGGUGGGAAGAUGAGUAUGAUCAGUGGGUGGACUGCGAGUCCCCAGACCUCUAUCCGGUGGGAUGGUGUCAGCUCACUGGAUAUCAGCUGCAGCCUCCAGCACCACAGUCAUCAAGAGAUAACCAGUCCAGUUCAUCAAAACAGAAGAAAAAAUCGAAAUCACAGCAGUACAAAGGACAUAAGAAAAUGACUUCAUUGCAGCUGAAGGAGGAGCUGCUGGAUGGAGAGGAGUACAGCUUCCUUCAAGGAGCGUCCGAUCAGGAAAGCAACGGAUCUGCCAGUUACUACAUCAAGCAAGAACCGUAAGGCAGCUCCGAAAAGGGAAGGGCAGGGAUUGGUGGCAGGACGAGAGCCUUCCCCCAGACUGCCUGGUUUUGCUCCCACGUGGAUGGUGCAGCGUGGAUGGCUGCACCUGGGGCACUUUGCUAAUUGUAGACGAGCGAGACUCAGUUCAGAGUUUUUUGGAAGGGCGGGGAAACUAUUUUAGUGAAAAAAAAAAAAGAUUUUUUUCAAUUUAUUAAAAACAAGAACGGACACUUUUGUGUUGUAUUUGAAGCUUUUGCAAGAAUUUUGUAAUAUUUUCAAGUUCAGAUCUAUUGUGCAUUGUUAACAAGAACUGAAAAUCUAAUUUUUUGGUAAGAUUAAAGUUUAAAUAGCACGAUCGUGGGAAGCGGUUGGAGGAAGAUAUAGUUGCAAAUACAAAUGAACUGUCAUGACAAAUGAACCUUUUUGGUACACGUUGGGACGUACUUAAACUCUUGUGAACUGCACUGGUCACACCUCUGUUUUUUAAUUGUGAAAUAAGGCAUUUGAGCCCUGAUCUGGAGGCACAGGUGGUAUGCGGAGGAUCGUCCUGUAAAGCUCUCCUUGGUGAGUAGCCCCAGUUGCAAUGGAGCCAUCACCCGGGGGAGAUUUUUUUAAACUUUUCAAUGUGUUUUUAUUUAGUUUAAAAUGCUUUUUUAUGAUACUUUUUUAAUUAAAAAAAAAAUACCUAGUUCCUUAGGGUCUGAAUCAGUGCCCAGUAAUAUCAGUAGCCUUGUGUUCAUUGACUGCAGUGGGCACUGGAUUGGGACUAUAGCGCUCUUGUCUCUGCGUGGAUGUCUGUUGUCUCGGAACGCUCCAGCAAAUGUUUACAGAGCCCUAUCUAUGCCAAACUGGAACUGCAGAAAAUUCCCUGCUUUGGAAGAUUAGAGAUAACGAGGAAUUUAGGCUAAAGAAACCUAGACAGCAACUCAGGCCUCCCUUGGUGGUGGAAGGAACUUCUCUGUGUUCUUCUGAUUGUACCUUUCCGUUCAGAAUGACCUUGUUUCCUUGCUAUCCUAAAUAUUUAUUUCUCAGCAUCCAGAACUGAUGUUCCUAAAGGGGCCAGGUGUUCAGCUCUGCACGGCCUGCAGUGUUCCUUACGUGCUGCAGUAUUGUAAGAUGGAAGUUGAGAUUUGAGAACGUUAUAUGAAUUGCGUACAGCCUAGCAGAUAGCUCACAAACUGGAUGUGCUCGUUGCCUCAAUCCUGGUGUCUCACUUCAGAUAUCCCAUUAAUCCCACCUGCUUAUCUGGCCAGGUGUUUGAAAGGAGGAAGUCAUGCAGAAGGGUGAAAAUGACUGAUAGUAAAAUACAAAGUAUUUUCAUCUGAGCCCUUAAUUAUUUGGAUUUUCCUUCCUUGGUUUUAAACUUUGUAUGUUUUUGUAGAUGGCUUCAUUGAUGGAGUUGAUGAGUAAAAUUAUCAAUCACCCUGCAGAGCUGUGACUGGAAAGACGUGCAUCAAGAGCUUUAGCUUUUACCAGUAAGGUUCAUUAACUAAACUCUCAGGAAUUAACUGCAUAUGUUCUAUAAAUGCUUCUGGGUCUUAGUAGGUCCCCUUCAGAGCAGUACAGUGAUUAUUUGACUCUUAACCAUAAGUUAGGGCUUAGAAAAUCUGUGAUCCAAACGGUUAACUUCUCUGUUCCUGCAGCCUAAGAAAUGCUUUAAGGACAUCGGCCCGCAGAGCCCCAGGAGACCAUUUUUGUAUAUUGUUGUUCAAACCUAAAAAAAAAAAAAAGUGCAUAGAAAGUUGAAAACCAGCAAUUUGAUUCUUUUCUAAAAUAUUGCUCUAACUUUGGGUACGUAGUAUUGGUAAUAUGCACAGGUUUACCUCAUUCUAUGCAAGAGGGGUUAAUUAUGUAAAGUUUUGUAUUUACUACUGGAAUUUAAAAAAAAAAAAAAAAAAAAAGCUGUCCUGUAUAGCAUAGGAAUGUCUGGAA